UGUGCUAGCUAAGCGACAAGGCACAACUAAUAGCGACACUGAGUCCGAUACUGAUAAAUUUACAUUUAGAGAUGAAUUUCACACUGAAGAGAAAGAACCAUUAUGUGAUCUUUGUGGUGAAAGAUUCAGUGUAAAAUCAGAUUUAGUGAAACAUGUCAUAGAUCAUAUCCACAGACCUCCGAGCAUGGAGCAGGAAGGCGGUGCGCAGGGCAAUGCAUUUGCUGGUCAGUGCCAGCAAGAGCAGGAGCGGGCUUUAUGCCGAAAAUACGCGAUCCAGGACUGCCGCGUGCGCCUCGAACGGCUCCGAAACCAAGAGGCUCUUGCCGCCAACGACACGCAACACACGGAUACGGAAAUGGAUGCGGAGGAUAUACUCACUAGAGUUGACAAUGGGAAACCGACUUGUGAUUUUUGUGGAGAUAGUUUUGCUCUGAGAUCAGAUUUGGAUCAACAUAUCAUGACUCAUAUUCAUAUACCGACCGCACAGCGUUCACAAGACCCGAGUCCGGACAAGAAAUCGGACACUGAAGAGAAAAACAUCGACAUUGACUGUGAGAACGAACCUACUUGUGAAUUUUGUGGCGAAAAAUUUGCUCUAGACUCAGACUUGAUGAAACAUGUUAUGAAACAUAUAGAUGUAGAUCGCACAGAACAAUUGUAUGAAAAGUCAGGAGUUCAUAUGUAUGAGUGUGACAUUUGCGGCGGCAUAUUUCAUCAAAAAAAUACCUUAAAAAUUCAUAUAGAAACACACUCAACGCAGUCAAAGUCUAUGGACUCUAAAUGCGAUAACAUAGGAGAAAAACCUUACUGUUGCGAAAUAUGUGCAGAGCGUUUCCGAAGUAGAUACCAAUUGAAUAAACAUAGUAGAGUUCACCCUAAUAUUUAUGCAUAUUAUUGUGACGUAUGCAAAAAACGAUUUAAAACUGCGUAUCAUUUUAAAAGACAUACAAGGAUACCUUGUGACGUACGACCAUAUUCGUGCGACGUAUGCGGAAAAAGAUUUAAUUUUCAGAGUGGUUUAAAUAGACAUACAGGGAUUCAUAGUGUCAUAAAACCAUAUUCAUGUGAUGUAUGCAGCGAAGGAUUUGUGACUAUGUAUGGUUUAAAACGACAUACACUUGUUCAUGCUGCCAUAAGACCAUAUUCGUGUGAUGUGUGUAAAAAACGAUUUAAAACUGACGCUUAUUUAAAACUACAUAUGCUGUUACACAGUAGUGAUAUAAGACCAUAUUCGUGUGAUGUGUGUAGAAAACGAUUUAAAACUUACGCUUAUUUAAAACGACAUAUGCUGUUCCACAGUGAUAUAAGGCCAUAUUCGUGUGAUGUGUGUAAAAAACGAUUUAAAACUGACGCUUAUUUAAAACUACAUAUGCUGUUACACAGUGAUAUAAGACCAUAUUCGUGUGAUGUGUGUAAAAAACGAUUUAAAACUGACGCUUAUUUAAAACUACAUAUGCUGUUCCACAGUGAUAUAAGGCCAUAUUCGUGUGAUGUGUGUAAAAAACGAUUUAGAAGAAAGUCUAAUUUAAACAGUCAUACUCGGAUUCAUAGAAAUAUUAAAACAAAUGAAAAAACUAUUCUGUCAUAGACACAGCCGCAAUAGUUGACGAUGUGAAACGUGCGAACUACCGCUAUCGAGAAAGCCGUAGGCUGAGAUCCACGCAGAGCUGAAGUCAGUGCUCAAACUGGCUCAAACACAGAAUAACAUUUAGUGUAAGUAAGUAAGUAAGAACUUUUUUUGCAAACCAUGGUAUUUACAUAGAAUUCAAAAAUAUGUGGAUACACAUGGACCCCGUUGGUGUGUAGCAAUUUUCCUUAUAACUAGUUUCUAUAAUAUACACAAUUUCACACUAACUUAAGGAGCUUUUAUGAUAAAAGUCAUAGUAUAAUAAGCACAGAUAUAAUAAGUAUAUAUUAAGGAAUGCAUUAUGUCUAUUCUAGCCUAUGUCUAGACUAGACGUAGGCUAGACUAGAGUUUACAGGGUCAGGUGUACUGGUGAAUGAAGGUCAAACUUUGCACUGCUGAAUGUAAAAGCGCGCUACGCACGCUUGUACGGCGGGCUGCGCCCGGCUCUACAGGGUCAAGUUUACUGCUGAUAGAGAUGGGCCGAAUACGAAUAUUCGGCCGUACAUUCGGUUCAACUGUUACCGAACUGAACAUUCGGCCGAAUAUUCGGUUCCGCCAAAUUUGAAAUCCUGGCUUAGAGUUAAAAACUUUUCAAUGAUUGGUAAUGGGUACUAAGGCUCUUAAUGUUCC